AAAGUAGCGCCUGACGUGGAGUCGAGCACCUCUGUGCUAACACGCUGCCGAACGACAUCAUCACGAUUCAUUCGCCCCUCACCUGACAGAUCCUCACUUGCCCGAUGGCGGUCACUCACAGCUCGCCCGAACCAUCGGGAUCAGCAGGGCCGGAAUCUCCGGCGACGCCCUCGCCCGCCGAACCAACGACAUCAGCGGCACAAACAUCAGCAUCUGCCCCGGAAACCACAGCCGCUUUGGAGCCCGAAGCCCCCUUGGAAGCCGACGUACAACCUGGCGGCGACGACGACAACGAUUCGGCCAUAGACGCUGGAAGUGUCCUGUCGACCGACACGCUGACGCCCAGCAUUCUCGAGUACCGUCAGCUGCAUGGCCGGACCUACCCCAAUGCCAAGACCGGUGACUACUGGGGUCCCAAUGACGAGCGCCAGAGUGAGGGACUCGACUUGAUCCAUAACGCCCUGACGUUGCUGUUGAACGACAGACUGUUCCUGGCACCGUUGCGGCAGGACGACCCCGGCCGCGUGCUGGACAUUGGCACAGGAACGGGCAUCUGGGCGCUCGACUUCGCCGACGAGUUCCCGUCGGCGGAUGUCAUUGGCACUGAUUUGAGUCCCAUGCAGCCCAGCUGGGUGCCGCCCAACUUGCGCUUCGAGGUCGACGAUUGCCUGUUGGAGUGGACAUGGCCGGAGAACCACUUUGACUUUGUCCAUGCGCGGUGUAUGUAUGGAUCGAUACCCGACUGGACGGAGAUGGACACCAAGAUCCUGAGACACCUCAAGCCCGGGGGCUACUUUGAGCACGUCGAGAUUGGCUGCCAAGGUCUGUCGGAUCACAUCGAGCUCGGGCCUGACCACGUCUUCGACACCUGGGCGCAGGUAUUCUACGAGGCGGGCGAGAAGACGGGGCGCCCGUUCACCAUUUGCCUGGAUGGCGAAAUGGCCAAGCACAUGCGGGCCGCUGGGUUUGUCGACAUUCAGGAGACGAAGUUGAAGCUUCCCAUCAACAGCUGGGCUAAGGACCCCAAGCUGAAGAAGGCGGGCACGUACUUCCACUAUGCUCUGGAGCGGGACAUGGAGGGCUUCUCCAUGUUUGUCUGCACGCAGGUCCUAGGCUGGUCCAAGGAGGAGGUCCACGUGAUGGUGGCCAGGAUGCGGCAGGCCAUCCGAACCAAGUCCCUCUGUCCGUAUAUUACAGUGAAUGUUGUUGUUGGUCGCAAGCCAUAGGGAGAGCCGUCGGCGAGCCCAGUGGGGAAUGAUCAGGUGGGCGAUUGCAAUGGCUGCGUGGUCAGCUCUUGGAGUCGCAAGUCGUGCUUGGCAUCUCAAGGUUAUGUCGAUAAGAUUUACGGGAUUUUCUUGUGUUGGUUGGCCACUUGGGUAGAGGGAGUCGGCCAAGGAGAGGAGCCAGGGCCCAGGACUCGGGUACCCCGCUGCUUGGUCGCGCAAACGUGACUGGAUUCACGCAAGGUCAGCCUCUCACUGCUGCAAGCGUGAGAUUCCUCCCGCUGAGCUCCUCUUCGCGGCUUACAUGUGCGUCACACUUGGAAUAAAAGCAUUGCCCAUCCAGUUCUGUC